ACAUGCAGAGGAUACUUAAAGCACCCAUGAUGCUGCGAAAGGUUUCUUGCAUCGCCACGUUGUUGGUCUUAUUACCAGUCGUUUCUGCAGUGGUGACUCUCCGUCCAGUUUCCACCAUCUACUUGCCGUACAGCUAUAACGGAGAAGAAGGUCUCUAUGGCAUUGAUGCUGGAGCAGUGGAGCAGACCGGCUAUGAUUCUGCGACAAAAAUUGGUUAUUCUGCAGGUGAUAACUACAUCCACAUCACUGAUUGGUCGGAUGUAACCACGCCCACAAUUCUGGAGCGUUUUGCAGUCGACACGACAUGUAAUGAUAUCGAGACCUGCGGCGACUUUGUGGGAUUCGUACUCGAGGGACCAAGGAAGACAGACGAUGGAACUCUGCAUGUUUACUCCCUCUACGACAAAGCAUCUGGAGAUUGGACAAAGCUCCAUGAAAUAUCACUUGGCAGCAAACCUGAUAUGCUUCAUUUCUCUCACGAUUGUCGUACUAUCGUCGUCGCGAACGAGGGAGAAGCUGCACAGAAUGCCGACCAGACAGAAUUCAUUAAUCGAGAAGGAUCUAUUUCCAUCAUCCGAUUAUCUGUUGACGGUUCCACGUUCAAAUCGACUUUGCUUAACUUCACACAGUUCAAUGAUAGGUCGGAUGAAUACGUUGCAAGAGGAGUACGUUACCCAUACCACGGAGAGUUAGACGGUGCCAAUGAUACGUUCGCCCAAAAUCUAGAGCCUGAAUACAUCACCUAUAACUAUGAUGACACGAAAGCAUUCGUUGGAUUGCAGGAAAACAACGCCAUCGCCGUGGUGGAUCUACUGGCUGAUGAAAUAGAAGACAUUUAUCCCCUGGGUGAAAAAAGUUGGCUCAACCUGGAUCUUGAUGCAAGCGACAGAGAUGAUGGAAUCAUAUUCAGGAGAAACGACAUCUUCAGCAUUUACCAGCCAGAUAGUAUCAAGUAUUUUGAAGUGGACGGAGUUGGUUAUAUCAUCACGACCAAUGAGGGCGAGUUUCUUGAGUACGAGCUAGGAAAUGAGGAGUGGGCCGAAGAUCAGAGAGGAAAUGACUUUAAAGCUGGGGAUUUCGCGGAAACAUUUGACAAUGAGCUGAUUGCGAAACUUGAUGACGAUGAUAUUCUUGGACGUCUAGGAUUCAGCAAAGUCGACGGCUUGGACAGCUCGGGAAAAUUCGAGAAGCUUUAUUUCUUUGGUGCUCGAGGCUUUUCCAUCUUCAGGGCCUCCGACAUCGCACUCGUCUAUGACAGUGGCGACGAGGUGGCGAAGAUCAUUGCUAAGUUCUACCCCGACGUCUUCAGCACCGACACCAAUACGGAUGAUCCAGCCAACGAAACACCGGAAGACUUGUUUGAUAAACGCUCCGAUAAUCAGGGUCCCGAAUGUGAAUCGGUGGAGAUCGGCGAACUCGGUGGACGUCGUAUUAUUUUCGUCGGCAUCGAUCGUACAUCGGCCAUCCUAGUCUACUCUCUCGAAUCUGGUGAGGUCGUACCGACGUUCGAAAGCGUGUACCGUGCUGGUGGUCGUAAUGAUACGUUCCAGAAUCUUCUUGACGACCGUAACUUGGGCGACCUUGAUCCUGACGAUCUCAAAUUCAUCCCUGCAUCCGCGAGUGUGACAGGAGUACCCAUGCUGAUGGUUACGAGUUCAGUCAGUGGGACUGUAUCUCUCUACGAGGUUUAUGACGAUUCAUCCCCUACAGUUGCACAAACGAGCGGAUUUAUGGGUUCGCGAGUGUUAACACCCUACGAUGAUCGGCCGAUUACACUAGGAGGACGUACAGCGGACAUCGGCCGAUGUCCGCCCGAUGUGUACAUCGUCGCCGAAAGUCGCCGCAUGCGUGUUCCCGAUCAGCAAAAACAGCAGGGCUGA